AUGAUGCAGAAGGGGUGUGCCCUCUGUUCCCAUCAGGAAAAUGAACACACUGCGGACCUAAUCGUUGAGCAGAAAUUCCACCGGACCAUCAUUGGGCAGAAGGGUGAGCCGAUCUGGGAAAUCCGGGAGAAAUUCCCAGAGGUUAUCAUCAACUUCCCAGACCCUGCACACAAGAGUGACAUCGUCCAACUCCGAGGUCCCAAAAAUGAGGUGGAGAAGUGCACCGAGUACAUGCAAAAGAUGGUGGCAGACCUGGUUGAAAACAGCUUUUCUAUUUCUGUCCCCAUCUGCAAACAGUUCCACAAGAACAUCAUAGGGAAAGGAGGUGCCAACAUCAAGAAGAUCCGUAAAGAAAGCAACACCAAAAUUGAUCUCCCAGCAAAGAACAGCAACUCGGAGACGAUUGUUAUCACAGGCAAGAGGGCAAACUGUGAGGCUGCUCGCCACAGGAUUCUUGCCAUCCAGAAGGAGCUGGCCAACAGCACAGAGGUGGAGGUCUCUAUUCCUUCCAAACUGCACAGUUCCCUCAUUGGUGCCAAAGACCACUUUGUCCGCUCCAUCCUGGAGGACUGUGGUGGAGUCCACAUCCACUUCCCCACCAAGGGCUCUGGCAGUGACACCGUGACCAUCAGGGGCCCAGCCCAGGGUGGGGAGAAAGCCAAGAAACAGCUGCUGCACCUGUGA